CUACGUUUUCUAAAUAACGCGCAGCACGUAGCAACCACCAAGAUUCUCUCUCGGGGACUCCAGACUGCUGGCAGAUGGCUCAGCAGCUGAAGAUUCCCUGGCAGUACGCCGGCUACGGAGGACCUCAGCACAAAUGAAGUGGAGUCUUCUCUGACAAAGGCAGUUCGUGUGACAGCUGCUCUGGUCCUCGGAAACCUGUGUCGAAUGGCUCCCUCCACUCACUGUCAGAUAAGGAGACAUGAACACAGACUCAGUGAAGUGGCUCUGUCUGACAGAGAAGCUGCUCACGCCAUUACAAAGUGUCUCUCCUGUUUAAAUCUCCCUCCUCCUUCUCCUCCCUCUCUCACUGCUAACCUUCAUAAUAACACUGUCACACAUCAGUUGACUGAAAACUCAUACAGCUCUCCCUAAUGAUUGUAUUAUACAUUUCAUCAGUCUUUCAACCUCAGAGAAAGGAAUUUUUACUGUAUAAGGGAAAUGUUCCCUU